CAGACCUCGACAUUUGCUCUUGUCUACCCAUGUUUACGAAUCCUUACCAAAAACAGGGUCCCUUUAUUCCAUGAGGCCUUUACUGGUACUCAGAGCAAUUUACCACAAUGCUUUCCCAUCUCCGACCUAAAGCUGCCCUCUUCCGGGCCUCCACCACGACCGCCGCUCAUCUCCUGCGCCCAGCACUUCCCCGCACGACAGCUCUCGUGCGGUUCUAUGCGACCUCAGGCCCCGGACCGAACCCGACCCCCAAGCGACGAAACGUGACAGUCCUCUCCGACGACGGUCGGUACGGAUGGGGGGAGCUGAGCGGACGGGAAAAGGUCGCGCGCGCGACGCAGCAGUCGGUCAAUUUCCUCGUGGUUGUCGCUGGCGCCGUGUUAACGGGCGGAGUGUUCUAUCUGCUCUAUACUGAGGUCUUCUCCCCCAACAGCAAGACCUGGCAAUUCGAGAAAGCAGUCGAGCGCAUCAAGGACGACCCGCGGUGUACGGACCUCCUCGGUGACCGUCGAGAGAUCAAAGCCUAUGGGGAGAACACCUGGAGCAGAUGGGCUCGGAACCGACCCAUCGCGACAUCUGUUUUCCAGGAUCGCAUGGGCCGGGAACAUUUGAAGAUGAACUUCCAUGUUGAGGGCCCGCUUAAUACUGGUACCGUGUUCGUGCACAUGAUGAAGCCGUUGGAUCAGUAUGAAUGGGAGUACCAGCUACUUGCCCUAGAGGUUAAAGGUCAUUCUCGAGUCGUGCUAGAGCAAGCUCGUGAAAAGCCUGGAGUCGGCAAGGCGCUGAAAAUCUUCGGCAUUCAAUGGCGAUAAGUUGCCGUUUUGCCGCUGCAGUCUGGUGCUCAUGGUUCGCGUUACGUGCAACUCUACCCUUUGAGCUUAGCCCCUGGAUACUACGUGGACUCAUAUAGCAUCGGGAGAGCCCGGGGCCAGUGAAUUACUUGGAAUGGUUAACCGGUAAAUAUUUCGCGGCUCGCUUUGCGGCUUCAGUACCAUCGUGACUGUAAGCUAUAUCGAUA